AUGACCCAAACGGGGAAAUGCGACACGUGUCGCCAGCGGAAAGUCAAGUGCGAUGAAGAGAAGCCUAAAUGCGGUGCAUGCAAGAAGAAAGAUCGCCCCUGUGCCUACUCAUAUGGAAGACCAUCAGCUUUCAUUGUGCAAGACCCGAACCAGUUAACAAAACAUGGCAAAUCAAGGGUUCCGUUUGUGGUACAUAGUUUCAGUUCUUCUGAGGACGAUGCGGUCUCAUCUUUUUCAGCAUCUUCAGAAUUGCGCAUCACCACCGAAAGACGAGUGGGUGAUGGGCAAGGCUUCUUUCAGACCUUAGCACCAACCUCUAAGUCCAAGCCUAGACCGUCGAAAAAGAAGGCCAGUAUGCAGCAACGUGCACUGGAAGCGUACCUUCAGCAUCUAGAAAAGGAGUCUAUUAUAGUACCAUAUCAACCAUCGUCUCCGGAAACCGCACUGAUCAGCCGCUACAUCGAUAUGCUUGGACCAGAUGUUUCUGGAAAACAGCCGCUUGCCAUUCUGGGUACUUGGAUUGAAACCAUGCCGUCGCGUAUAGGUCACAAUCGGAUGCUGGAUCUUGCUGUAGAGUUUUUAUUGAAUAGCUAUGCAGCAUACCGGGAUGGAAUGCACUCGAAACGAAGGCUUGCCAAAGCCACAAAAGCCAAGGCUUUGAGGGAAUUGCAGCUUGUUGUUCUGAAUGCUCGUACUGAGCCUACGUAUGACCUUUUACUAGCCACUAAGAUGCACUAUGCGGCUGAGGCUCUCAUGGGAAUUGAUUCUAUGUACCAUGCCAUUCACGCCUUUGGACUGGCUGAACUGAUGAAGUCGGGUAAGGCCUCAGAAGUCGAUGACGAGCACUAUUGGAAUCUGAUUGAUAACACAUAUGUUGACGAUGUCAAUGAAUCCAUGUUGGCAGGCCGGCGAUCGGUCUACUAUAACGAUUUCUACUUGUCGGCUACAUAUCCACCGCCCAUAAACGCACCGAUAUCGCUUUCACCAGCACAACGAGCAUCGAUGGCGAUUAUGCAUGUUUUCAUCCAAUGCCCUCAAAUAGUAUGCUUGAUCAGACAGGCAAUUCUAAACCCCAAAGAUACUAGCGCACUCGCGGCGGCAGUCUCGCAUAUGGAGUCGCUAAUACAAAUCAAUCUCUCGCAACAUGUAUCUGAGCUAAUGCAAACAGCAAUCACCAUCGUACCAAUUCCCGCGUCGCCAGAGUUCGCCGAUCUUAUGCCAGAUACUCUAGAAUUCGAUACUGUGCAGAACAUGAUUCUUUGCACAAGAUACUGGAUGUUACAGAACCUAUUGUGUGGCCUUGCCGAUACACUAUACCGACAUUUCCCCGCAGAAGCGGCUCUCUCAUUGCUGCCAUCUCCAGAAAGACUGCGAGUCAUCGACGUUGAUAGCGCACUGCAUCUCGCCAAAUCCCUUCGAUGGGCCAAUUCUGUCUCUCAAGACUUACCUCUCGUACCAUUGCGCAUGCAUACGCCAAUACAAAUCUCCAUCGGACCAUGGCAACGAACCAUCCGUCAUCUCUCAGCCCUGCGCUCCGCUUCUCCAGGCAUACAACCCGACAUCGAUGCCGAGAUAUCCCGAGCCGAACGCAUGAAAACCUGGGCCGUUGACGAAUGCAACAAAAUCCACUUGCUAUGGGGCGUUUCUGCCCUUGAAGAAAAACCCCUCCUCGAAGCCCUCGAAGCCAUGUCCGGCGAACCGAUACCAGAUUGGCUACCCGUCCGCGUGCGCUUUGAAGCCGAAGACGGCGAAAUGGUCAUGAAGCUAGACUACGAGAAUAAAACAGGUAGCUACUCGGAACGAUAUGAUAUCAAUGAGCAGCCCAAACAACGCUCGCCGCACCCAGGUUUACCGGGCCAGGAGUGGCAGCGAGAGGCUCUGCAUGUUCACGAGCUUCCAAUCAGAGGCGCAGAUGUGCAAGGAGAUGAAGGUGCGACUGAGCAGGUAAAGCAAAGUACUCAACAAGAGAAUGAGUAUCUAAAGUCGUACCCUCGACCUGCGGAUUUCAUACACGGCACUGGAAGAAAUCUCUGUUCGACGUCUGGAUGGUGGCCCGAAACGCCUAGAACGGCUACUGUCCUGUUCGACCCCACACAUGAGCCCUCUGCAUUUCCGCGCAUGUCUCCUGGAUCUAGCGGAGAGGCUACGGAUGCAGAUACGAGGACGGAUCGUAACCCAAGUUUGGCGUCAACCUGGUGGCCUCAGUCCCCCGACGGGUCUAUAAGUUUGUCGGACUCUGCUCGGAGGAGCUUUUCUACGCCACCGGCGGAUGGGAGGAGCGUGACGGUUACGUUUAACAACAACAAGAAGAAUGCGUGUUUUUCACCUGCGUGGACUAAUGAGGGUUAG